AUGUUUCUCAACAGGCCCACGUCGUCGAUGACCUUCUACCCGAGCAGCGACGAUAAGACUCACGGAGUGUGCGCGGUGCUGGACCGCCUGCCUCACAGCUUCGCCUGUUUGGCGUUGGCGGCUGACAAGUCGCGACGGGCGGAUCUCAACAAGACGCUGUCGGAGUGGAAGACAAGGGCUGCCGCUCGCGUGCGAGACAUUGCACUUCCCAAGCUCGGCCUGUUCCGGGACGACAGGGACGCAUCCAGCCCGUGGGCACCUGAAAAGGAGCGUAGUAUCGAGAAGAUAAGGGAGCGCAUUGGGCUUGGCGCUGACCCCCCUGGUGAGUGCAUGAGACGCGCGUUGGAGUCGUCAACCGUUUCUAGUCAUGCACCAAUGCGAGAAUUGUGGACAUUGAUACCCACGCUUCGGAUGUGGUGUGCAGAAACUCUAGUGCUGACGAGCUGGGCGCACGACAGGGAUGGCAUGCCGUUUGCCUCCCGGGCGUUCGCGACAUGUGCGAAGGCUGCCUUCAAGCCGAAGAAGGCAGGGCUGGUGAUGACCCUUAAGGUGUACCACCUAGCCUGGUUGGAGCAUGUGGUCUCCGACUGCGUCCUCUACUGGGAGGCGCGGAAAGGCCGGCUCUCCAACUCGGCGGGCGGGAACGCCCACGUUGUGGAUGGGCUCAAGGUCCUGGUCAAGGAGGCUGUGGAGAGGGCGAUCCGUAUCCGCAACCCCGAGUAUGACGCGGAGCGCGAGGCGUGGAUUUGGGGGCGCCAUGGCCUGCGCAUCUCUGCGUGCGGCCUGGAGCACAUGAAGCCCGCGGCCGCCGCCCAGUCCGAAGGCAUCGUAGGGGAUGACGACCUUUCGGCGUCACUUGGUGCUGAGUAG